AUGCGACUGAACAUUACAACUCCAAAUGAAAGCCACGACGAUGCCUGCACGUGUGUCGCCGUGUCGCUGAUGGGCGAUGUGAUCAGCGCCGGUGACGACUACGUGCUGCGCCGCUGGAGCCCCAACGGCGAGCCACUGGGAAAGGUGCAGCAGUUCGACAGCUGCAUCACCUACAUCACAUGGGUGCCUGUUCAGGGCGGCCGUAAAGGACGCGGUGCGGCGGCUGGCACCAUUGAAGGAAAAGACAACUGCCUCGUGGCCUGCGCGGAUGGGACGUUCUCGUUCCUCAACACGGCGUCAGGUCGUGUGGAGCGUAAGGUUGACGCGCACAUCGGCACCAUCACCGGCCUCGUGUACUCUGCUGACGCCUCCUCCAUCGUAUCGUCCGGUGAGGACGGCUGCGUGAAGGUGUGGUCGCAGGCUGGCAUCCCGCGCACGACGUUGGUCUCCGCCGGCAAGUGUGUGUACGCUCUCUGCUGGGGGUCGGAAACGACGGAGCUGGGUGGAGACUGCGUGCUGUACUGUGUUGGCUGUGAAGUGAUUAUCAAACCACUGAACCCAACAGUAAAAAAACAAUUGAAAUGGAAGGCUCACAAUGGCGUUGUGCUGUCUGUGGACUGGUCUCUCAUGACGGGCUACAUCGUUACCGGUGGUGAGGACGGUACAUACAAGGUGUGGGACCCAUACGGGCGCAGCAUUUACGUCUCUGCCGCUGGUGAGCAUCCUUGUACAGCGGUAAAAUUUGCAGCUGAUGGUGAGAUGUUCGUUGUAGGCUCCUUCAUGAACUUACGUGUGUGUGAUAAAACGGGCUGGAGCCACACAUAUGAGCGUCUUCCAGAAGGUAGUGCUCUUUCGCUGCAAUGGACUGCAGAUGGGACACAGGUAGUAGUGGGGUGCGGUAGCGGCGCAGUGUGCACAGCACAGCUUGUUGAUCGAAAACUGUACUGGGGUCAAUGCUGUGUGACGCUGGUGGAGGGUAACAAACUCUUGGUGCAGGAUGUUCUAACCGAUGUCGUUGAGGAGUUGGAGCAGCGUGACAAGGUAAUUAAGGUGGAACUUGGCUACGGUUAUAUUGUGGCGUGCACCACCACACAGUGUGCAUGCUACCCCAUUGAGCGUCUCUCAGCACCGGUGCAGUUUGACCUCCGUGAUGUCGUCAUUACACUGAUUCUCGGGCCAAAGCAAUUCCUGCUGGCAGACUGCAAUGCCGGCAUGCAGGUGUACUCGUACGAGGGCCGACAGAUCUGCAUCCUACGCCUACAAGCGUCUUUGCGGCCCGAGAUUAUGGCACCUGAUCUUGUCUCUCUGUCACCCGAUACGGUGGCUGUCCGCAACCCUGCCGACCCAAAGAAAAUUAUCUUUUUUGACCCAAACAACGGCAAGCCGAUCGAGGACGCCACCAUUACCCACCACCUUGACGUUGUGUCGCUGGAGCUCUCGCAACCCGGGGCUCUCAAUGACCGUAAAAUUGCCUUUGUGGAUCGCAACCGCGAUCUGCACUUUGGCGCAGUACACCAGCGUCUUGGUGUGCAGAAAAUCAGCACCAUGACGUCGAACUUGGCUUGGCAUGAUAAACAUGAGAUUCUCAUUGCCAUUACAGAUGGGCACCUCACAACGUGGUACUAUCCCACAAUUAUAUUCUCCGAUCGUGAUCUUUUGCCUACCACGAAGACGGUACGCGACGACGGCACGGACGAAUUUUCGCGGAACGAUCGCAUUGUCGCAUUCAGUGGGACACAAGUGAGUGUGCGGCGUGGGGCAGAUGGUGCACUUCUUACGUUCAAUACAUCACCAUACCCCUCUAUGAUAUUUGAGCACGUCUCACGGCAUGAUUGGGAGGGUGCCAUACGUUUGGCACGAUUUCUCGAUGAUAAGCCGUUAUGGGGUAUCCUGACUGGCCUGGCACUGCGCCACGGAGAGUUAAAUGUGGCGGAGGUUGGCUGCGGUGCCCUCUUCGAGCUCGACAAGGUGCGCUACAUCCGUCAUUUGAAGAAUAUCCCCACAGUUGAGGGGCGGCAGGCGGAGCUGGCGCUGUUCCAGCGCCGCCCAGUUGAGGCGGAGCGUAUCCUCCUGCAGGCUGGCCUCAUCUACCGUUGUAUUGACAUGCACACGCGUCUGUUCAAUUGGGAGCGCGCGUUGGAGAUUGCGACGGAGCGGAAGACACACGUAGACACUGUCUUGGCGCGGCGCCAGCGUUACCUUGCAGCUGUAGGCAAACAGGAGAGCAUUCCCGCCUUCACGGAGCUAGCGGCUUCGGUGAAGGUGGACUGGGACACCGUCCAGGAGAAAGUGAAGCAGGAGCUGCAGAAGGAGGCCCAGCGCCCGGGCGCCAAGCCAUACCAAUAG